UAAGUACCACAACCUGGGGGUCAUGUUCAAUCCUCCUCACCAAAUAGCCAAAAAAGGUCAAAAGAAACACCUUAUUACUACCUUAAUUUCCAACUUUUUCUCUCUUUGCAAUUCCUGCUUUCAUUGAGAACAACAACAUAUAUUAUAAUGCACUUCACCUUGGCUUUUCCAAAACCAGGGUCUGAUCUCUGUCUUCGCUCUAACUUUGCUUCUCGUUAUGUCAGGGCUUCUCUUCCUAGGUUCAGCAUGCCAGAGAACUCUAUGCCAAAGAAGGCUGCAUACCAGAACAUACACGAUGAGCUGAAGCUUGAUGCGAAUCCAAAGAUGAACUUGGCUUCCUUUGUAACCACAUCCAUGGAGGAAGAAUGUAACAAGCUCAUGAUGGAAUCCAUCAACAAGAACUAUGUAGACAUGGAUGAGUACCCUGCUACCACUGAUCUUCAUAAUCGAUGUGUAAACAUGAUAGCACGUUUGUUCCAUGCUGAAAUUGGAGAAAAUGAGAGUGCAAUUGGAGCAGGAACUGUUGGAUCAUCUGAGGCCAUAAUGCUGGCAGGCCUUGCCUUCAAGAAGAGGUGGCAGAACAAGCGCAAGGCUGAGGGCAAGCCCUAUGAUAAGCCCAACAUUGUCACAGGUGCCAAUGUGCAGGUAUGUUGGAAGAAAUUUGCUAGUUAUUUUGAUGUGGAGUUGAGAGAAGUGAAGCUGAGUGAAGGCAACUACGUGAUGGACCCUGCCAAGGCCGUUGAGAUGGUGGAUGAAAACACAAUUUGUGUGGCUGCAAUCUUGGGUUCAACUUACAAUGGAGAAUUUGAAGAUGUCAAGCUCUUGAAUGACCUGUUGCUAGAAAAAAACAAGCAAACUGGAUGGGGUACACCUAUUCAUGUUGAUGCUGCUAGUGGUGGCUUUAUUGCUCCUUUCAUUUAUCCAGAGCUGGAAUGGGAUUUCAGACUCCCAUUGGUGAAGAGCAUCAAUGUCAGUGGCCACAAGUAUGGACUUGUUUAUGCCGGAAUUGGUUGGGUUAUAUGGAGAAGCAAGGAAGACUUGCCAGAAGAACUUGUCUUCCACAUUAAUUACCUUGGAGCUGACCAACCUACAUUCACCUUGAAUUUUUCUAAAGGUUCUAGUCAGAUCAUUGCUCAAUAUUAUCAGCUAAUUCGCCUAGGCAAAGAGGGGUAUAAGAGCAUAAUGGAGAACUGCAGAGAAAAUGCUAUGGUGGUGAAGGAACGCUUGGAAAAGAUUGGAUGCUUUAACAUACUCUCAAAAGACGAUGGUGUUCCUGUGGUGGCAUUUUCUUUGAAGGACAGAAGCCGCUAUGAUGAGUUCAAGAUAUCAAAGAUGUUGCGCCGUCUCGGUUGGGUAGUGCCAGCUUAUCCAAUGCCACCGGGUGCUCAGCACAUCAAUGCACUCCGUGUGGUGGUCAGGGCUGAUCUUUCACGCACACUUGCUGAAUGCCUUGUGCUUGAUAUUGAAAAUGUGGUGCAUGAGCUUGAGAAACUUCACCCCAAGUACCCUGCCAAAACGACCAACAUUAAGGAAAAGAAGAGUGCAUUUGAUGCACGCAGGAAAAUCAUUGCUCCAGAAUCAAAUAAACUUCAGAAAAUCAUGGCUGCCUAGAGUGGGUUAUCUAACUAUAUAUGGCAACUAAGUUUUGUUCUAACUCCAUGUAAAGUCCAGCCUUAUCUAGAUUCACUUUAUUCUUUAAAUUUUUUAUGUAAAUCUCUUAACUCAUUUCAUUAUUAUGUUUCUAAUAGAUUUUUGGUGUAUAUUAUGAUCUUUGAUUGACAAUAUUGUAACUUAAUUGUUUUUAAAUGUUACUGUAAUCUCAUUCUUAAA